UGAUUUUUUUGUAAAAUAAAUAUGUUUAUAAAUGUUAAUUCAACCGAAUAACUUGUUUAAUUGUAUUUAAGCGUUACGUAACAUAUAUAGAUUAACCUGAGUUUAAAAUAUGGAAGAAGAGAUGGAAUCAAAAGUGUCGAGUGUGUACAAUGACGUAGAAUCAGCUUACGAAAGAAUUAAAUCGUAUGUCUAUAAGACGCCAUUGAUGUUUUCCAGAGAACUAAGUAGUGAUACCGGAGCUAAUGUUUACUUAAAAUUAGAGAGCGAACAAGUGACUGGAUCGUUCAAAAUACGCGGGGCAUUUAACAAAAUCCUUCUGCUGAAAGACCAAGAACCGGAAAAACUUACGAAAGGAAUUAUAACGGCGUCAACAGGAAAUCAUGGCAUAGCUUGCAUGCACGCGGGGAAAACAUGCAGGUGUUCUGUCCAGGUAUUUAGCCAAGAAAGUAUAUCACAAUCUAAGAUGGAGACUUUAUUAGUAUAUAAUGCUAAAAUCACCCGAUAUGGAAAGGACUGCAUGGAAGCCGAGGUGAAGGCUCGGCAGACAGCGCAGGAACGAGAUCAAAUAUAUUUGUCACCAUACAAUGACUGGGAUGUUAUGGCAGGACAAGGAACGAUAGGGUAUGAGAUAUAUGCGGAGCAACCAGAAGUUGAUUGUGUUUUUGUGUCAGUUGGUGGCGGUGGUCUUAUUGGUGGUAUAGCAGCUUAUCUGAAAAAUAAAAAUCCAAACAUUCAGAUAAUAGGUUGUCAGCCAAGGAAUUCCAAAGUAAUGUAUGAAUCUGUUAAAGCGGGUCAUAUCAAGCAUGAGGCAUCUUACGAUACUCUGUCAGAUGGAACUGCUGGAGAUAUUGAAGACGGAUCGGUGACAUUCCCUGUGUGUUCCAGAUUUGUCGAUGACUGGAUUCUUGUAGACGAACAACAAAUUUCUGAUGCUGUAUUCUUCAUGAUAGAUAAACAUCAUAAAUUGAUUGAAGGCUCAGCUGGUGUAGUAGUUGCAGCAUUACAAAGUCAGAAGGAUAAAUUCUCAGGCAAAAAUAUAGCGCUAGUUAUAUGUGGUGGAAAUUUGAGCUCUGCAACAUUAAAAACUAUAUUGGAUAGUCACAUUUAAUACUACGCAUUGUUGUUGCUGCAGUUCCAGCAAAUAGAUAUUGCUAUUAAAAUCUCUAUACAUCUU